AUGUCGACAGUAGUAUCGGAGGGAAGAAACGGAGGAAAUGAACGUUAUUCACCACAAGAUGACGUUUCUGAACUGAUUCCAAACUUGAAUAAUAUCCAAUUGAACGAAACAAUGCGUGUACCUUCGUUUGAAAGACUUCCGUCGCCAACUCCACGUUACUUUGGUUCAUGUAAAUGGUUCAAUGUUUCAAAAGGAUACGGUUUCGUGAUUGAUGACAUCACCAGAGAAGAUCUUUUUGUUCAUCAAUCCAACCUCAAUAUGCAAGGAUUUCGGAGUCUUGAUGAGGGCGAACGUGUUUCCUAUUACAUUCAAGAACGUUCGAAUGGAAAAGGAAGAGAAGCGUAUGCCGUAUCGGGAGAAGUUGAAGGACAAGGCUUGAAAGGGAGUAGAAUCCAUCCAUUGGGAAGAAAGAAGGCUGUUUCUCUUCGUUGUUUCCGAUGCGGAAAGUUUGCAACUCACAAGGCAAAGAGCUGUCCAAAUGUGAAGACAGAUGCAAAAGUAUGUUAUACUUGUGGAUCGGAAGAACAUGUCAGCUCGAUUUGUCCUGAAAGAAGAAGAAAACACCGACCAGACCAAGUUGCGGCCGAGGAAGCUGAAGAAGCAGCAAGAAGAGCUGCAGAAGAAUCUUCUUCGACUUCUGAUGAAGGUUCAUCUGAAAUCAAAGAAGAACACCAUGAACACCAAGUGAAAAAUGAAACCAGUGAUGAUUCUGAGCAAUAG